ACGUGUUAUGUGUUUUGUAGCGGGAAGAAAUAAUUGUUAUCGCGCGCGCGUAUUAAAAUUAAAUUAACGAUUUGUUUGAGAAAUAGCGCAUUUAAUAUGCAUCCCAAUGUGUGCUUGUUCUACUAUAAUUCUUUAGAAUCAUUUUUAUAUUUCAACUUUUACACAGUAAUCGAACGUCGAAAUGAACUGAAUGUUAUUGAACUAAAAACGAACAAUAAAGCAAGAAGCAUGGAAAUAGGUGGAAGAGUGAAUCUACAAGUUUUUUUGCAUAAUGACAAACAAGUUUAAGGCCUUUCGUGGAAUUUAUAUAUGCGGAAUUAUUUUGCAAAUUCCUUCACGAUAUUCCAACGUGAUUCUCCUGCCGAGUCGACUUAAUCAAGUAUUGCUUUACAUUGUUUUGACAGGUGACACUUGAAAUAUAUAUAUCGUUCGAACGCGUAGAAUAUUCGAAGAUCGCCUCCAAAAUUUAUACUGCGCAUUUAUAUGCAAUCCUUCGCGAUUGUGUGGCUUGCACUUUGACAUGCACAGAACGAUAGAUAAAAAAGAAGAGCUCGUCCCCUCUCUUAUCGGUUUUUCCAUGAUUACGAAAUUAUUGGAUUCCGAUGUUUAUUCUGCUGAGGAAAAUGACGCACAAUGGAUUUUUGGUCCGUUCUACCCAUACUGGUGGAUCUUACGAGGAAGCUAUAAAAGUGUUAUACACUUUACAAAGUAAUGCUGCAUACUUACAAUCUGUUGUUAAGCAUGAUGUGAAUAAUCCUAAGAAAAUGAAAGAAACAGAAAAAUAUUUACUCCGAUCUGGUAUCACUCUGGAGCAACUGGACAGAUUAUCUGUCAUACAUGUGGCUGGUACAAAGGGUAAGGGCACAACGUGCGCGUUUAUGGAAGCAAUUCUGCGGCAGUACGGUUUUAGCACGGGUUUCUUUAGUUCGCCGCACUUGGUCUCUGUGAGGGAGCGUAUCCGAUUAAAUGGCGAGCCGAUCAGCCAGUCGCAUUUUGCCCAUUACUUUUGGGACAUUUAUCGGCGCUUGGAGCAAAAACGUGAAUGCGAAUCUGACAUGCCAACGUACUUCAAAUUCCUGACGAUUCUCUCGUUUCACGUGUUUUUGGAAGCAAACAUCGACGUGGCGAUCCUUGAAGUUGGAAUUGGCGGCGAACUGGAUAGUACCAAUGUCGUGCGGAAUCCAGUCUGUGUAGGUAUUACUAGCUUGGGUCUCGAGCACACCUUGUUGCUAGGCAAUACCAUCGAAGAGAUCGCUUAUCAAAAGUCAGGGAUCUUUAAACCGCACGCUGCGGCCUUCACGGUCCUGCAACCGGAACUGGCGAUGCGCAUUCUACAGAAACGAGCCGCGGAAAGACGAUGCCGCGGCUUGCGAGUGGUUCCUGCAACUCAAACACGUGAAUGGAACGAUGUCUUCUCAUCGGUGGGUCUCAACAGUAUACAGCAACAGAAUGCUUCGCUGUCGAUCAGCAUGGCGCUCGAGUGGAUGAAAUCGCGAUGCGAUAAGCCGCCGUUGAUUGUAAACGAUACGAAAUACGUCACUGGUUUUCACGAUAAUUACCAAAACGAUAAGGUUGAUUUAUCUCAAAUCGUUUAUUUAAACAAAACCGCGGCCGCUUUGGCAAGCUGCAAAUGGCCGGGUCGCACGCAAAUCCUGAGAACCAGUGUGGCAGAUUUCUUUCUGGACGGCGCACAUACUGUCGAGAGUAUCGAUAAUUGCAUAUCAUGGUUCAAGAGAGUCAGUCGGAAAACCUCCACUAAAUUUCUAAUAUUUAACAUUACUGGCAACCGAGAUUCUCUACAAUUUUUAAAGUUGCUGAAAUCUCUGGAUUUCGACAAAACUUAUUUCACCCCAACUUGCGUUGGAGUGCCUAGCAUAGAGGAUAUGAAUUCAAUGCAUUAUGCACAAAAUAAAAUGGACGAGCAAAGAAAGAAAUGUGAGAAACACUGCGAAUUGUGGGGUGAAAAUUCGGUGCUAAAGAACAACGUCUCCGAAGUACUUGUUGACAUUAAAAGAUAUGCAUCAUUGAAGAUGACCAGGAACGAUAAAAUGGAAGUACUUGUAACGGGUUCUUUACAUUUGAUUGGCGCGGUAUUAACCAUUCUAGAUCCUAACUUAACAAUGAGCAGUGAUUUUUAAUGUGACAAAAUGCGAUUAAAAUUUUAUUUGUUAA